AUGGAGGUGCAUCUGGCCUCCCAAGAUGACGAUAUGUGGUAUGUUAUCACUGAAGGUCCGAUGAAGAUUGAAAAGCCAAUAUACGAGUGGACAACUGACGAUAAAAGGAAGAACAACCUUGAUAACCUGGCCAAAAACACCCUGUAUAAAACUCUUGAUAAGAACAUGUUUGCAAAGAUCAGAGCAUGUUCUACUGCCAAGGAAAUAUGGGAAAAGAUUAUCCAACUUUGUGAAGGCAACAAACAAACUAGAGAGAAUAAGAUCAUGGUUUCUACUCAAAAGUUGGAUAGCAUCAAGAUGCGCCCAAGGGAGUCAAAAAACGAGUUUGAUGAACACUUCACCGACAUUGUCAUUGAACUUUCCACUAUGAGAAAGGUUUAUGGCAACGAAGAAAUCAUCGUCAAGGUGUUGAAGGUUCUUCCUAUUACUUGUGACAAUAAGACGAUGGUGAUGAGGGAGUCUAGAGACCUUUCCAAGAUGGAUUUGCUUAACAUGUUUGCCGAUCUGAAAGCCCAUGAGUUCGAGAUGAAAUCAAGGAAUGAAGAUGAGCUCUCAUCCUUGACCGUGACUUAG